AUGAUAGGACAGCGACUGUACGACUCCUUUACUGACCGGGAGCUGGAGUGUGAGGGAACCCUGCAGGAGAGAGACCACAAGACGUCACAAAAUAGCAAGACCUGUAUUGGUAACGCCGACAGCGGGCAGGCCUCCGGAGCCUAUAUCUUCAGACCCAACCAAUCAAACCCUGUGCCUGUGACGCAGAAUGUCCGCAGUUACCUGGUACAGAACUCCCUGGUGCAGGAGGUGUACCAGAACUUCUCCUCCUGGUGCUCCCAAGUGGUCCGACUGUACUCUGACCAGCCGUACGUGGAGCUGGAGUGGACCUUGGGACCUAUUCCUGUGGGGGAUCACCUUGGAAAGGAAGUGAUCAGUCGCUUUGACUCUAAGCUGCAGACAAAUGGGGUGUUCUAUACAGAUGCAAAUGGAAGACAAGUCUUACGGAGGAGGAGAGACUUUCGGGAGACCUGGUCGCUGGUGCAGACAGAACCAGUAGCUGGAAACUAUUACCCAGUGAACAGCCGGAUCUAUAUUAAGGACAAGACUAUGCAGCUGACUGUAUUAACAGACCGAUCACAGGGCGGCUCCAGCCUCACCGAUGGAUCGCUGGAGCUGAUGGUUCAGCGGCGGCUCCUGUAUGAUGACGCCCGAGGGGUGGAGGAGCCACUGCUUGAGUGUGGACCAUACAGCGAGGGGAUUGUAGUUAGGGGGAGACACCUGGUGCUGUUGGACACCCCACAAGAUGCUGCAGAUCUUCAUCGGACUCUGGCCCUACAGGAGUACAUGUCCCCCCAGAUUAUCCUUUCUUCUGGAGAUGGGGUGCCCUAUAGCUCAAAGCAGGACCCAAUCAACCAGUUCUCAGCCCUUCGGGCCCCACUGCCCGGCAACGUCCACCUCCUCACGCUCGCUCUGCAUGGACCAACAAAGCUUCUCCUCCGCUUGGAGCACCCGUUCCAGGGCCGUGAGAGCAGUAACUAUUCCCAGCCAGUCACAGUCAAUCUCCAGGAGCUGUUCUCCACCCUCUCCUUGUCCGAGGUGGAAGAAAUGACGCUGUCGGCAAAUCUGCCAAAGAGUAAGAUGAAUCGCAUGCACUGGAGAGCGGAGGGAGCUUCAGAUUCGCCCAAAGGAGACCAUUCUUUCUUCCUGGACCCCACAACGAUCACACUGAACCCCAUGGAGAUCCGCACUUUCCUUGCUACAGUCCAGUACAGAAAGUACACAAACUAGGAUAGCUGAUCACACCUCAAGGGGGCAGGAAGCCUCCUCCACCCUAUGCCUUCAUGACCGUGUACUGUACUGUGUGACAGGGCUCAAAAUAAACAAUUCUUCACAGGAAAAAAAAAAAA